AAUUUUAAUUUAUUUAAUACGAUAAUAGUUGGAUCCAUAAAAACGAGAUGUUUGCCAAUUUACAUUGAUUAUACUCCAAGGAAGAAGAACACGCAUACGAACCGAAAAAAAAAAAAAAAAAAAAAAAGGCGCCUGUAAGAAGGAAAAACCAAGAGAAAGAGAAACCAGAGAGUAAAGCAAAGCGAAACCCUAGCCUCUUUAUUAUUAUUAUUAUUAUUAAUUUUUUGGUUUGGCAAUGGCUGAUUUGGAGAGGCAAGAGAAGGUGGUGGUUGCUGUGGAUAUGAAGGAGGAAGAGAAAGAAAGUCUUUUGGAGGGAAUGGCGGUGCUAGAUUUCGAUAUGCUUUGCUCCACGGUGGCUUUGCAGACGGAAGGAAAAUGGAGGAAGCUCGAAAGCGUCCAAGGAGGAGAUGACGGCGGUGAGGGAGCGGAUUUCGGAGGAGUCCUUAGGAUGUGGGAAGGUGAACUUCUCGAUUGCUUCGAUGACCGCCGUGUAGCUCUCGAAUCCGCUUGUUGUCCAUGCUACAGAUUUGGCAAGAACAUGAGACGAGCUGGUUUUGGUUCUUGUUUGUUACAGGGAACUGCUUACUUCGUUCUUGCUUUUGGUGCUCUUUUCAAUUGCAUUGCUUUCAUCGUCACCAGACGAAACUGCUUUCUAUAUUUGGCUGUUGCUUUUACCAUUUCAAUAGCAACAUAUCUUGGAUUUUUCCGUACGCAGAUAAAAAAGAAGUUUAACAUCAAGGGUAGUGAUAGUACGUUGGAUGAAUGCAUCUUCCAUCUUAUCUGCCCGUGCUGCACAUUAUGUCAGGAAUCCAGAACAUUGGAAAUGAACAAUGUCCAAGAUGGCAUUUGGCAUGGUCGGGGUGAUACAAUAUGCAUAGGGGGCUUUCCUGAAGGGGGAAAAUCAUUCUUUCAGCUGCAGCCACCUCCUCUUGUUUCACCUAUGUCCCCUGAACUUCACAGCACACAGAAAAGUACAGAUGCUACUGAUCAUUCUUGAACUUGAGAAAUUGGAAAACUUUGGCAAUUUGUGAACUCAGUCAUCCAUUCUUGCAUAUCAUGGUGCCUACAGCAUAUUGACUUGCCUAUCGGUGUUUAAUCCAAUGGAGAGUCGUUAAGCAUCUUGAUCAGAUCAGCUUUUUUUAUUCUGGAAUCAGCUGUAGCCUCUAGAAGUAGAGCUCCUUUUGGCUGCAUGACCUGUGGGUCACUAUUCUUACAGAUCGAGAAUGUGAUAGGUCUUGAAAUUAUUUGGAUGGAGGAUGUAUUUUGGUGAUGUGCAUUAAGAUAACUGUGUUAUACACUUUUUUGUUUUGUGGGGGGGUGGGUGGGUGUGGGGUGGGGUGUGUUUAGAACAUCCCCAGUUUUCUCUGUAUUUAUUAGUGAUUAUUAACAAAUUAAAUUUUUAUUUGUUACUCAUUCACUGUCCACAAUUUUUAUGUUUGCUUCUCAGUGUAUGCCUACUCCUUGUUAAUACGGUGUUGUUUGGGAACAAAGCAUUCAAAGGUGGGUAGGCAUCUAUAUUUAAGUUUCGAGACGAAGGGGAAGCUGUGGAAGACAGAGGCUACGCCUGCCUGCAUUUCUAGAGCUUCUGAUGUUGUUUUCUGAUAUUGCUACAAGUAUCUAUAAAGCAAAAAGGUUGGAACCGCAUAUGUAACUUGUAAGUCUCGGUCAUUAUCAUUUACACUUGGAAUUCUUUAGACUUUAGGCACAACAAUAGACCGCACAAAAAAAGUGCUCAUGGUCAUGAGUGUUUAUUUGUUUCCUGGCA